AUGGUGCAUCCGUCUUUCAUUAAUAUCAGUUACUCCGGAGACUCGGGUGAUGCUAAUCAGACCGUUUCCUGGUACGAAGAAUAUGUCAAAGCUCGAGACAUUGCAAACAGCAUUCCCAUAUUCUCCUAUACUAAUGAGCACUUCUCUCUGGACGAAUUUGAUCAAAGUACCAGCGUUGGAGCUGAUAACGGGUACUACAGGUACAUCACGGAGUACCCCUCGAUUCCAAUCUAUUCAGGGGGCUCUCUACCACCUGAACUGUACGGGGAACAAAUACCACCUCAGUCGAGAUACCACUACCAACAAAAUCGGUCGUACAGUCAGCCAUAUAAUCAGUCAAAUACCCCGACACCAUCGUCAAGCUACGGUCACCGAAACUAUUCCGAACAGAGGAGGAAUCAGGACCCUUCACGAGAUCUAGUCACUGCUCUCCUAAAUGAAUAUCUGCUACCCAGCCGGAACAGAUAUGGCAACGGGUACAGACAAACACCACCUCGACCGCCGGGGCCACCUCCAUCUAUACCAGGACACACAGCUCACCCUGGUGAACCCCCUUCGCACAGCUUCAACUCCGUCAUCGCUUACGGUCAAACUCCAAACGAGGAGGACGAAUCUGACUAUGAGGACCCAACGGAAAAUGCGGAAAACCCUACCACAGACCAGAUUCUAGCCCUCGCUAACAUUUUGGCAGUACACCAACGUCCUCAUGCAGUCCCAUCCAAACCUAAACAGAACCCUUCUGAUAUGGACGAGAUCAAAAGUAUGCUCCAACAGCUUGCGUUGAGUUUGAAUAACCCGCAGACUCAGAAUCGUCCAUCGUCAGGCUCCAGACCACCCUCUAGGCCUCCCUCAAGGGAACGAGAAGAGAGAAAUACCCUGCGAAAUCCUACGAGAACUCAGCAGAACAGAGCCAGCCCAUCCACAGAUGGAACCAUUCCAAAGGAGACUUUAAACGAGAUUGUUGCUCGCCAAUUGAGUGCGAUGAUGAGCGGCCAAAACCAGCACUCACUCCACACAAUGUCGAGCAUGCAUCCCAGACAGUAA